AUGCUUGUGAGACGCAUUUGAAAAGUAUGUACAUCUAUGUUGCUCGUUUGAAACGGUCAGCGAUGGGAGGGAUACUACAAGUUGCAGUUAUUUCACUGCUAGUUCUCGUUUGCCAUGGAAACCCGAAGGAAAUCCGAAGUCGUCAGAUUUCAGCUGUUGAUAACUAUGAUGACGAGGUGUACAAAAUUCUGAUWAAGUUAUGCAAAGGCACGUUUCAUGUUCCGGUGGCGAAAAGAACAGCAACCCAAAAAUCAACCAUUAUUCGCUACUGGAGGAACCGAGAGAGUUACUCCGUGGAAAAAGCAGACGGUUCUUUGAAGUUAUUGUUUAACGGCAAACCUGUUGUAAAAAAGUCAGAGCUUAAGAGCUUAGUAACCAGCGAAUUCAAGCAUUGUAAAGGUAUUGGUUCAAGAAAAUURAAGCACAGACUGAACCAAAGAUUCUCUGGAUUCAGUGAGCCCUGUGUCAAUAAGAUUUUAUCGAAGAGUAAGUUAAAUCAGAUGUCAAACGCAAGGUUUAACAACAAAGUUAUCAUUCGACCAAUUCGCGCAAGUGCAGUCCAGAUACGACACCAAAUCGAUCUUAUUGAUUUGAGGACGAACGCUGUGAGCUUGCAAGGAAAAGUCUACAAUUAUGUUUUGACUAUUCAGGAUGUCUUCUCUAGAUAUAUAUGGCUACGACCACUUGAAAGGAAAAAGAGCUUCCAUGUCGCACACAAAACAAAACACACACAAAAAAAAUAAGUUGGGUAUCUGUUGAAGACGUAACAGGCCUGACGAGGAAAAUAGAAAGGAAUAAGAAAGAAAUCGCUAAGAAAAAAGCUUUACG